AUGGUCGAGUUUAUACGUUUCAUUAGGUGUACAGUAAAAGUAUUUUUGGUGGUUUCAAGGAUACCGCGGCAGUCUGACACGCCACAACACCACCAACACCGACCUGCCCAACCGCGACAUUCCCCGUGCACUCUUCCAAGUUUCCAGCCACCUUUCAGCUGUUCGACAACUGUCUUAGGAGCAACAUCGGCAUCGCGUUGCAACCGUACCUCCUCCACUGCUUCUGCUGGUGACUGCCACUCUCGGUUCUUUUCCAAUUUAGUCCCUGCUGCUGCCUUAGUUCGCACUGCUGCUGCCAUGGCUUUCGCGGCAAUCAGCAAGCCGGUUACGCAAACGAUUAGCGCGUCGGCGACAGGCGGUUCCCGUUCCCAUUCCCUUAUGGCGCGAACUGGAUCGACACAAAGCAGCAAUACUCAUCGUUGGAGAUGUGAGGCAAGCACCAGCGGAAGCCCUAAACCGGAAAUUACGGAGAAUGAGAACCAAGAGCGGAACGCAAAUCCCGCAGCAUCCAACGGUUCAGCGGCUUCCGGUUCGGACAAACCGAAGCUGAUUGCAUACGACUACGGCUUUCAGUCCAAGUUUCUUCGCACGGGGCCCAACGUCCCUGGCAACGUCUUCAAGCUCGCGUUCGAGAAUUUCGCCCGCGAGUACGCGGCCCUUCGUAGCAACGUUCUGUACGAGGAGCUCAGCGACGUGCGAACCGACAACAUCAAGAGAGAUGGCAGGCAACUUGCGCUCGCAUACGCGGGUCGCUUCCUCGUCUCAACGCUCAAGUUCUUUGACAAGCUUCUCACGCUCUAUGAUGGUCUUCCAGAGAUCAAGCCCCCCCCUGCUAUGCCCGAGGAAAGUGAGGCUCUGCGGAAAAAGCUGCAGCAGCUGACGCUAAGCAACGAGGCAGUGGCUCAGAGGGAGAAGGACCGUCCCCAGGUGGAGGCGCCGGGGUGGAUCCUGCUUCCUUACAAGCUGCUCUGCUGGAUGCUUGAUGUCAUCUUCUACAACCGCCCCAUCCAACGGUUCUGGUUCCUCGAGACGGUCGCACGCAUGCCAUACUUCUCCUACAUCUCCAUGCUGCACCUUUACGAGACCCUGGGAUGGUGGAGGGUCGGAGCGGAGGUCCGGAAGGUCCACUUUGCAGAGGAGUGGAACGAGAUGAACCACCUGAAGAUCAUGGAGUCCCUCGGCGGCGACCGCCUCUGGAUAGACCGCUUCUUCGCGCAGCACGCGGCUAUCCUCUACUAUUGGGUCCUAAACUUCAUGUUCUUGGUCUCCCCGCGCGUCGCGUACAACUUCUCGGAGCUGAUUGAGGCGCAUGCGGUGGACACGUAUGGGGAGUUUGUGGAUGAGAAUGCGGAGCUGCUCAAGACGCUGCCUCCCUCCCCAGCAGCGAUUGCUUACUACAACAGCGACGACCUGUACAUGUUCGAUGAAUUUCAGACGUCGCGAGUCCCUGAAUCCCGUCGGCCAAAGAUCGAGAGCCUGUACGAUGUCUUCUGUGCCAUCAGGGACGACGAGAUGGAGCAUGUGAAGACAAUGUCUGCCUGCCAGCAGCUCGACUCAGUCGUCCGCUCGCCCAACCGCCCAGGCUACGCCCCCCUUCCCUCCCCUGCUGACGUGUACUUCGAAGGCCUGGUAGCGAAAACCUCAUCCUCCACAUCAGCAUCAUCUGCUCCCAAGGCAACAUCAGCCUCUGCAGCUGCAUCUGCGUUCAGUGCAGCUGUUGGUGAAGCAAAGUUGCCCAAGGAUGUCCUUCCUCAGGCACUCAAGUCGCAAGGAGAUGGGGCGAUUGUUGAAAGUGCUGUUGGGCACUUAGUGACUCGUCACUUUCGCAAACGGGGAUCCCGUGACUGUCGAGGCAGGCACCGACGAGCUGGAAUCAAGCCCCAUGGAGGGGGAGAAUGCCAACCCCGACUCCUCGGACCAAGCGGAAAGGCCCCGAGUGCGGGGGCGGGGCCGGAGGCGACGGGCAACCAAACUGCUACAGCUGCAGAGGGGAGGGCAGCAGCAGCUGCAGAGCGGAGGGCAGCAGGAGCUGCUGCAGAGGGGAGGGCAGCAGCAGCUGCAGAGCGGAAGGCAGCAGGAGCUGCAGAGCGGAGGGCAGCGGCAGCUGCAAAGAGGAGAUCAGCAGCUGCUGCAGAGUGGAGGGCAGCAGGAGCUGCAGAGCCGAGAGCAGCAAGAGCUGCGGAGUGGAGAGCAGCAGCAGCUGCAGAGUGGAGGGCAGCAGGAGCUGCAGAGUGGAGGGCAGGAGGAGCUGCAGAGCGGAGGGCAGCAAGACCCACUGGGGGAGUUGGAUGUGGAGAUAGAGGCCGAGGCAUACACCGACGAGCUGGAAUCAAGCCCCAUGGAGGGUGA